AAUCAGGAAAGCGCGGAAAGCACAAUCCGAAGCUGAAUUCGAAGUCACCCGAUUAAAGGCAGACUAUGUGGAAAUUGUACCAAAGAAGCAAUACGAGGAGCUGUUGAAAAUUCAGGAACAGCAAAAAGCAGAAAUACAGGAAUACAUGACGAAAUACACGGAGGCAAUCGGUCAACUCAGGUGCGUUGGUUAA